AGUUUGAUGGGAGUUCGUUGGUACCGGUACUUUUAGCAUGUUUUAUAUAAACAAAGCAAAAACAAACAUAAACAUAUUAAAUGAAAUAUUUUUCACUAUUUAAUAGAGGGAUUUAAUAGAGAUAUUUUUUACAAAUUACUAGUUUUCUAUAAGAUGACAUCGAAAAGGCAUAAAAGACAAAGUGACGAUAGUAAUAGCAUUGAGAUUAUGGAUCUGACUCAAGAGGACGAUCAAGAAGUACCUUGUGAAUAUAUAGAUUUAUCAGCUCCGUCCAGGUCACAAACAUCAACUGCAAGUAGUGGGACAGCAUCAGAAGUUAGCGCAACCACUAGCGGUCGAAAGAAGAUGGGAAGGAAGAGUGUUGGUAGUUUGCAAGAAAAAAGUAAGAAAAAAAGUAAUGCUGCAGAGAAGCAAGCUAAAAAGCAGAGAAUAGCUGAAAGUAAAGCGGCUAGAGCUGCAGACAGAGAGAUGAAUAAAAUAUUUAAGCCUGGAGAGUGUAUGAAGCAUAUGAGUAUUGAGAUGCACCCAGUGCUGGCGGGCGCGUGGUACAUGGCGGACGUGGCCCGCGAGGCGGCCGGCGCCGGCUGCCGCGUGGCGAGCGCCGCGGACGUGUGCGAGCCCGCGCUCGUCAUGUGGUCGCGGCACCGUGCCCACCGCACGCUCGCGGCGGCCGGCCGACAGGUGGGUUUAAGUGGUGGGAAGGAGCGUUGCAACCGUGCGCUGUUCGUUUGCGAGGCGGCGACAGCGGCUGAGCUGGCGGCCGGGCGGCGUCUCGCGUGCCACCUCGGGUCUGUUCGCGACAUGGCCAGCUGCCCGCUCACGCUUGUCAUAUUCGGCCUCAACGAUUACUUCAAGUCGUCAGGUAGAAACACGAUAAACAGCAAUAAGAAAUUGAUAACGGAAAUUGAUCUAGAAAUGGCCAUAACAGAUCUACUGGUGAGCGCCGAUGUGGACACGAUAGUGGUGAACACACCCAACGAGCUGGCGCUUCUCAUCGUCCAGUUCACGAAGGCGAUCGCGGAGGAACCUUACAAGAAAUCAAAACGCGCAUGUGACGAGCAAGCCGAGUUCUACAUGAGAGGUGACAAGAAGAAAUCCGUACCAGUGGAUAAAGAUGGUAACGGUCUGAGUAGACUGUGGCAGCAGAUGAUCGCCGUGUUACCGUUGUCGAGUUUAGAAACCUCCAGAUCACUGUGCGCCCUCUAUAAAUCUCCGCUCGAACUUUAUAAGGCGCUGCAAUCGCCAAAUUGUUUGAACGAACUAGCCGAUAUUGGUGUAUCAAGAGCGGCCAUUCCAGGGUCCAGAGCACGUCGUCUUGGACCCGAAUUCGCCAGGAAACUUCACACUUUAUUUACGGCUGAGGAUGGAAAUAUAUUAAUAGACUGAAAUGUUAUUAUGAAAUAAAAAAAAAGGAC